AUAUUGCGCAACAGUCGGCAGGACAGACGAAGAGUCCACAGUACACGCGGUCAGACCAUAGUGAGCGCUGCUCCAGUCCUCCCAGUCAUUCAUUACGCGUUUUGCGAGACACCAUCAUCUCCCAUCUGUACUAGCCGCAUCCCUGAAACAGCGAUGUUUUCCUGCAGAGCAGCCUGGCAGAGGUGCGGUCCAUUGGUGCGGAGGGCAGCCUUCAGGGGCCCAAAGGACGUUGUUCAGCGGCGACAGAUGUCGACUGUGCCCGGGGGCUCCGGGGAGAACAUAGUCUACGCUCUGCUAUGUGGUGGUGCGUUCGCCGGCUCCCUCGCGUAUGUGUAUAGCACCCUGUCGUCCGACCAUACCCGGUACAAUGACCGUGUGGAACAGAUCCAAGCUAGACCUAAGACGGACUGGGUGCCCAAACCAUGGCCACCAAAGAGUGAGGAGGAGGAGGAAGCGGCCGUCGAGGAAGAAGCCGCCGAGGUAGAAGCCGCCGAGGUAGAAGCCGUCGAGGUAGAAGCUGAGGCCGCUGCAGAGGUGGAGGCACCUGUAGACGUGGUGGUGGAGGAGGCGGCGCCUGGAGAAGACGCGGUGGUGGAGUCUCCCGCGGUGGUCGCCGAAGUCGCCGAGGUGGUCGCCGAAGUCGCCGAGGUGGUUGUAGAGGCCGCAGAGGCGGUGGUCGAGGCCGCUCAGGAGGUGGCGGCGGUGGCAGAGGAGGUGGCGGCGGUGGCAGAGGAGGUGGCGGCGGUGGCAGAGGAGGUGGCGGCGGUGGCAGAGGAGGUGGCGCAGGGGGCCGACGCCGUGGAGGAGGCGGCCCAGGUGCUGACGGAGCCGGUGGCGGCGGCGGCCGAGACGGAGAACAACGUGCUGGCAGCUGCCUCUACGACUGAGGCACUAGGGGUGGCUGAGGUAAUCGACGCAAUCCUACCUGUGGAAGAGCCGGUCUCUGUUAAAGCUGCGCCAGUGGAAGUGGAGGCCCCUGCGGAAGUGGAAGUGGAGGCCUCAGUGGAAGUUGAGGCCCCUGCGCCUGUGGAAGUGGAAGCCCCUGUGCCAGUGGAAGUGGAGGCCCCAGUGGAAGAGACCCCAGUGGAAGUGGAGGCCCCAGUGGAAGUUGAGGCCCCAACCCCAGUGGAAGUGGUGGCCCCAGUGGAAGUGGAGGCCCCUGCGGCAGUGGAAGUGGAGGCCCCUGCGGCAGUGGAAGUGGAGGCCCCAGCGCCUGCUGAAGCUGCGCCAGUGGAAGAGGCCGCACCGUCUUCAGAAGUCGUCGCUGCUGAAGCGGCGUCGGCGGAGGCCGAGGCCUCGGUGGAAGACGGUGCCUCGGUGGAAGACGGUGCCCCAGAAGCGUCUUGUCCGGUGUCCCAGGCCCAGGCCGACGAGCCCCAGAGGGAGUACAUCGUCGUCGUAUUGGAGGGAGCGCCCAAGAGCGAGAAAAACCCCAAAGUACUCGGCGUGGGGCCGGCGACUGGAAGACUCAUCCCGGCGCCAGACGACGACGCCCCCUCUGAGAGCCAAGAGAGAGUGCUUCUAAGGGUGCAAAUGCAGUAGAUCUUGCGAGAGUAAAUUAAUCAACAAAGACUCCCUCCGUGCAGAAUGACCGAAAGGAUGUGCCUUUUUCAAUCCUAUGUUCUUACCUCCAAUAACAGUGUUUGCAAUAAAAAUAUAAAGUUAUUUUUUUUUAAACUCAAAGAAACUGCUCAAGCAACUUUAUCAAAAUGUAUUGUGCAACAAUGAGCCAUCGAAAUGACUAUUAACCUCACGGCACUUUAACAAUUAUUCAUGUAGCUGCAUGCCAACCAAUACUGAAGCCCUACAUUACUGUGCUCAUGGAAAACGUUCCAUGUUUCACACAAUGGAUAAACAGUUUUGGGCCUUGGUACUUUCACUCCACUUGUGAUACUCAACAGAAGGGAUAAAUGGGAGAAAUAGAAACGAAAAUAUUUUUUUUCUUUAAAGAUUGUUUUUUUAAAUCCCAGUAGUUAAUUCACUUUUAUGAUGUGGUACAUAUAUUCAAUGAAAUGGUCUGUAAAGGGAAGGUGCCCGUGUUUCUGAAUGUUGAUGGACAUUACUGACAUUAGGCACUUCUACACACAGCGAUGGAAGACUUGGGUAGACAUGGGUUGACCAGGAUAUACAUGCAGACCUUGUUAUUGGCAAAUAUUUGUUAUUGUCUUGAGGAAGGAAUAAAUGCAGUUUAUGGUUAUUAAGAGAGGUAAAUUGGAUGCUGGUAAGCCAAUUAAUGUUUGAAUUGGAGAUGAUGUUAUGAAAUAGUGACUUUAUAAGGUGUUUGUGUUUAGUGUCAAACAAUGGAUUAGGUGCUUGAGGAGUAGAGUUCUUGCUAUGUUACAUUCGACAGCUAACUAAAUAUGGUAUUGAUCUGAAAAUGUCUGUUUCAAAUAUGUUUUUUCAGCUAUCUUUUCCUUCCGAUUACUCCAUUUGCUUGUGUUUGCUUAUACUUAAAAACACUGAUCAGGAAGAGUGAAGAUGAGGAACAGGAGCAUAUUGAAUAAUGGCUAUUCUGCACAUUUUUUCUUCUGUUAUGGUUUACAGAGGUGAUCAUCCUGAAAGCUUUUGUGUAGGUUUAAAUGUGAAUGUGAAUAAAAAGGUAAAACGAAUAUAA